AUUUAGCCGCAUUUUACAUAUUUGCAGUGACACUGCGGUGCGCGCAACAGCAUGCAUUCCAGUCGUUUUUCCUCGGGGGCGCCGUUUCGAAGGCUCUCUCUGCUCGCAUCGGCCUUUUGUAUUAUGAGGAACAUUAUGCAAGUCUGCGCGGGCGCUACGGGCGUGAUUUGGGGACUACAGGAUUCUGAGACCCGGGGUCACUGAACUGGGUGCAGAUGGUUUACUGAUGGGCGUCUUAAAGAAUUGGUUUAGACCUGGUUCAGACAAUUCCCGUGCACUUCGCACCGCUAAGUUUGGUAAAUGCGCACGUCCGCGCGCGCCGGGCCUCGCGCCGGCACGCCGGUGCAGACCAUCGCGUUCAAAUCAGAAUACAAUGACUGGAUACGUAAGGGGCGGCCGCCGAUGGUCUUCCUCCAGGCUUCCACGAUUGUGCCGCCGGAUGCUGUGGAGGCCACUCAGCGGGCGCUCUGUAUUAAGAAGAGGUUCGAUAUCGUAAGAACGUUCUACGGGGUCGUUUGGGACGACCUGGAGGCGGCGGCGGAAGCCGCGGCCGUUGCCGCGCCUUACCGGCUCGGCGGCAUCCCGCUCCACAAUGACCCCGGCGGCGUCCGUGUUCGCACGGACUUCGCCAUAGCACGCGCCACCCGCCCGGCGCUCCUCGAGCGGCUGGACGCCAACAGCCGCUUGCAGACGCUGGCGGUCGACGGCGUGCCCAGCCUGCAGUGGGAGGCGCUUUUAUGAGAUUGGUUCAGACAGGGUUGGGGUUCAGACAGGCGCUCAGCGCCGAGCUUUGGUUUCGAAGUUCCAUGGCGGCCCGCGGGCGGCUGGUCGCAUGAGUUCUCGGGUGUUGUGUUGUCAGAGGUUUCUGUGUUUGCAGGUAGUGGGUAGCCUCGUGGGUCGCCCUGGGCCCGGCGCAACGGCUGGCGCAUCGGUGCCUCGCCUGUGUGCUCCUCGGCGCCUUUCCUCGUGGCGCCCAGUCAGCCGUCGUCUCUGUCUGCGGUCUUCCUGGCUCUGCAGAUUUUAGCCCUGGGGGUUUUAGCUCGCAGCAUACGGUUCACGGACCGGUAGGCGCGUGGUGACCGCAGUCGGGUAGUCCCGGGUUUGGGGUGUGUGUGCACGGGCGGCUGUUGCCCGGGCGCCCGGGCGACUGUUGGCUCUUCUCGUCUCCGAGUGCCGCUGGGGCUUGUGUGGAGGGUCGGCCUGGGUCGUUGGUUGGACGGAUGGUGGGUGGUGCGCCCUUUGCGAGGGGCUGUGGUGUGCUAUGGCUUGGUGGUGUUUCGGCUUGGCUUCCGGUUCCAGUUGUGCCUCGGCACAGACUAUCAGACAUGGGCCUUCGGGCCAAGACAUUGCGCGUCUCUGACGCCAGCCAUCGUCUUCGGACGUGAUAUUUGUGUGGUGCUUGCGUUUGAUGGGGCUGUCGGCAGACCACUGGCCUGUCGUGCCUUGUUUUGCGUUGGCGCUGCCGCCAAAAGACCUAAACGAGAUGAGGGGUGUUACGUGGCGGUGGGGCUUUGGCGGGCUUCGGCUUGGCUUCGACUCAUGCGCGUAACGCUAUGAAGGUCGGCAGUCAACCAGGGGGUGGGUGUUUCUCUCUGGGCCGGAGACGGUCCCUCGCGGCGUGGGUACGGUGUACCCCCGCUUGUCGGACUGUCCCUUCAAUUGUAAUUCGCAUCCUAACAACCAGGAGAUGGUCCCUCUUGACCUGGGUGCACGGGCACCCUUGCUUGGUCGGAUUGUCCCUUCUUUGUAAUAUCGCAACCUAACAACCAGCCCCUAGGGCUUGGUCCCUAGGCUCGUGAGCCUUGGCUCACGAGGGGACUCGCGACAUUUCUGUUGUGACCGUCUCGGCUUCUUGUGCGUGGUUGAGAAUGGUUCAGACCUGGUUCAGACAUGGUUCAGACAGGGUUGGGAUUCAGACAGGCGCUCAGCGCCGAGACGUUGGCCUCGAAGUUCCA